AUGUUUAGUUUACCUAAUAAAACAGUAUUCCCAUUCUGUAGGAAUCUGGGUGAUACAUGCUUGUACAGAUCCUCAGUGGGAGUCCCGAGCUCUGACCUGCCAAAAAUUAUUGCGGGUAGUCCUGCAUUGUUGGCAGGAAGCAUUGAAAAACAGUUUAUCCCUUGUUAUAAUUUUCUCAGGACUUUAGUGGGUUCUGAUGAAGAUAUUGUUCGGACCUUAAAGCGCAGUCCUAGAAUUUUAACUUGCAAUUUGAAAGUAAUGGUAACCAAUGUAGAGCUACUGGAAGAAGCUGGGGUUCAAGAGAGCUUUAUCUCAUUCAUGUUAACUCACUACCCUCAUUCACUGCAAAUGAAAUGUGAUAAGUUUAAGACAAGUGUUAGCGAGGCAAUUAAAAUGGGAUUUGACCCCUCGAGGAUGAUGUUUAUUCAUGCAAUUCAUGUGUUGUGUGAAAGGAGUGAGCAGGCGUGGGAGAAUAAAAUCAAGGUCUAUAGGAGUUUUGGUUUGUCACAUACUGAGAUUCUAUUGGCCUUUAGAUCACAUCCCUUCUGUAUGAAGUUAUCUGAGCAAAAAAUUAAGAGGGUAAUGGAGUUCUACGUAAACGAAAUGAGCUGGUCUCCUUCCAAUGUUGCCCAAUCCCCAAUAGCCCUCUUUUACAAUAUGGAGAGAAGGAUCAUCCCACGAUGUCGUGUGGUUAAGAUAUUGAUGGAGAAGGGUUUGGUGAAGAAAUAUUCUAUCUCAAACUUUUUGUCUUUGACUGAUCGGCAAUUCCUGAAAAGGUUUGUGCAUAACUAUAAGAAUGAUUUGCCUGAAAUUAUGGAUGUAUAUCAUGCUGGACAGUUUGUGCAUCAACUCAUUCUGUGCCCUGAGUUGUUUCAAAGAAGUGGAACAGUUGUUAUGAUUAGCUUUUGUUCUUGUGGAUACGUUUGCUGCCGAGUGGAGAGACAGUUUAUAAGACCACCAGCGAAGGGACAGGUUCAGCUGCUUCCCUCAAUUAGAGAAACAUCAAGCUCCUUGAGGUUGUAA